GCAAUCGAUACGCCCAUGCACACGUAUACCUGUGCAACGUUUGUAUAGAUCAGGUCGCGAAUCCGCGGCGCGGUCGCGGUAGAAACGUAGAAAGCGCGGGGCGCCGCCACUGAGAGUGUGGCCGCCGGUGGUUCGGCCCGGGCCGAGUCGAGUCGAGUGGAGUCGAGGGGAGUCGAGCGAAGUCGAGUCGAGUCGAGUCGAGUCGCAAGUCACCUCCGCUCACCUCACGGCGCGUUCGACUUCAGUUCGCGCUCGAGUCGUGCACCACGGAACACGCGAGAGUCAGCCGGGCCGGCUGCCGCGACCGAGUUGGACGCACGCGCCCGACCAGCUAUCGACAGAGAUCAACGAUAGACAAGCCUGCACGUUUCGACCUGAAUCACGUAGGCUGUAGAUCGAUUGACGUGAAAUUAAAACGGUUAGAUAAAAAAAUCGUAAUUAGAUCGGUAAACGCGUAAUAUAUAGAGAACUGUAAGCACGAUACAUGAGAUUGCUUAUUUAAUUUUGUCAGGAUAACGAUUUCUUAUUAGAGGAAUUAGAAGCGCGAAUAGUGGCGUGAAUCUCGUGACAACCGGUUAAAUCAACGUGCAACGCGUUCAAAAUUACCGACUCUGUUAUAUUAUGUCACACUCCCACACGAGCGACGGCCGCCGCUACCGGCGCGACGGUAUACCGAGCUAACGUUGCGUCGUUUGACAUUUCCAUGAGCGUGGAGCGGUUAACGCGAACCCAGUGUUCGUGUCUUAGAUCGUGCUGCUGUUCAUGCACGCAUCGAAUCAGUGUUAUGCUACGUUACGAUCACCUCGUCAUACUCAUCGUCGUCAUUGUCGUGAUCAUUGUCAACGUGACGAGCCUCGUGGUACUGUACUCGUGCAAUCUAACGAGAGUCCUUAUUCAGUGACUUAUCUAGUGCUCCACAAUUAGAAGAUUAUCUUAGUGUUUUCCAGCCGUAUACGUAAAUGCGUACAAACGCGUGACAUGCGUGUAUGUCAAGAUAUCCACUGAUCAUAUCGUGAAAUCGUGAAAGAAAUCGUCGAUGUCCGAGACGGUAUUUCGGAUGAAAGACUUUCCUGAUAUUUCCUUCAAAUCAAGAUAGUGAUAUUUCUCGAGCCGCCUGUGAGAAGAUUCAACGUAAAGGAAAUUGUACAUCUAAAGAAUAUCGAGGAAAUUGGAAGGAUCCUAUGCUAGAGGAGAAGAAUCGUCGACUUCGUUUUCUCGAUGAUCGACAUCGAUUCGAGUGCAAUAAUCGAAGUUUCGAGAUGAAAAAUGGACGACAGUCGCGCAAGUGUGUUUCGUUUACGUUUCUUCAAUUCGUUCGUGAUCGAUGAAACGAGUAAGUGAAUCAGAUAUAUUCGGUUAUUAAAGAAACGGAGGACCAAUAAGAGAACAGUGUCAUAACGCGUGUGAAAUGGAUGGUACGCCAAAGAAAAUCGAAGCAGUGUUAAUAUAUGGAUGCCCAUGGGUGGAAUUUGGCCGAAAUGUGCCAGCGUUACCAUCACGCUGUACCGGCAGCUCAAAAUUCUUCGCCAGCUAGGGAUCCCUCAGCUGCCAUUGUGCAAGGCUUGUCAACGGCUACGCACAUCGAUCAGGCUAGCCCUUCUUAUUCCCAUUACACGAUGCUGGAUAAUUAUGACAGGGGUGAGGUGACACCACCGCCAGUGAGCAGUUAUGGCGGUUCCCCUGGACUCUUGGCACUUCAUUCCUCGCUUUAUGCGACACCUACGUCGAGGGCCUACGAUAUCGAGUCGAACAUCGAUGGCAACGACAGUUCCAUGCCCAUCGAUACCCAAAUCAUCUCGAUACCGGGAAUGUUGAGCGGACCGGCGCAGCAGCGAUUGGAGGACAUGUCUUGGCUCGCUUCCGGUCCGUCGUUGGAGUAUCAGCAAGGAAUCUCGCCGAUUCCCGCAGGAGUGAAGAUGUGCCAUCCAGGCAGCACGGCCCAGAGGAGCCUGAAGGAGCAGCGGAUACGUCGCCCGAUGAACGCGUUCAUGGUCUGGGCAAAGGUCGAGCGCAAAAAAUUGGCCGACGAGAAUCCUGAUCUCCACAACGCCGAUCUCAGUAAGAUGCUCGGAAAGAAAUGGCGAGGGUUGACCCCGCAGGACAGAAGGCCGUACGUCGAGGAAGCCGAGAGGCUGAGGGUCAUACACAUGCAGGAACAUCCGAACUACAAGUACAGACCGCGGCGCAGAAAACACGCGAAACGGGCUCCAGGAGCGCCCUCUUCUCCUCCAUCGGCGACCAAUACCACGACCAAUAGGUCCAACCCCUCUGGUACCACGAUUCAUCAUUCCAUGUCUAAGAUGGACAGUUAUCAAGGCAUUCCUCAGAUCCCGUGGGGCGGCCAUUCCCCGAUCUCAUCCCUGUAUCACCAGCAGCAACAGCAAGGUAUCCAGGAGUACAAAUCGGAGAGCAAUUCCUUGUACGGUAGUCCUUAUACGCCUAUCAUUCACUCACCGGACAUAUCUCCAGUUGCCAGUCCCGAGCCAGAUGGUGACGGAACGCAUUUGCCAUCAAACCAAAAUCCAGAUCCUGAACGAGAUCUGAUGGAGGGUUCGUCGAAGCAGCAUAGCGAAAUAAGCGAGCAAACGAAACGGUACACUUUCAUGAGUACCGAUAAUCAGUUGCACACGGGUCAUGCUGGUGGUACUAGCAUAUCGUCGUGUCAGAAUUCUGGUGCUUACACAGAUACUCUGACUUACAAAAAAUCAGUGAGUUACUUAAAUUUCGAGAGACAGCCGUCGAGCAUAGCCGCGGUCGGUAUAGCGAAUGGGAUGAUGGUGUCGUGUAAUAAAUUACGCUCCGGAUUUGAGAAUGUUGGCUCUGUGACGGGGACUUUUUAUCCGCCGGUCGCAUCCCCGCACGAUCAAUCGUUGCAGCACUAUACGAGCACCCAAUCCUCAAAGACUGCCAACUAUUCCAUGCAGUCCUCCGUCGAAACCAACUAUAAUCCUGUUCAGUGUGCCAAUCGACAACAGUCUAUGGGGAUACGCGGAGCCGCCGAAGGUUGUUCCGGCGUAUCCCACCGAUACCAAAUGACUCAUCAUCAGGAAUAUCAAACGGAGGGAACCAGCGCCGGUCAACAGCAUCCAAUUCUGGGCCAUAUGGAGGCCGCAAUGGCGACGACAGCAGAGGAGGAACAGCAACAGACGUUGCAAUUGGAGAAGUACUUCAAGUAUUCUCAUCCGACGAGCGUAGCUCACACCAGCCUCACCUCGCAGAACCUGCUCGACAGCAAUCACAAUUACGCCAGUGAUCUGCGUUACUAUACACCUCAACAGACUCAACUAGAUAUGUCGAACUCUCAGUGCAUCGUUGAUGAUCAGGCGAAGGAUGCUCGAUGUUCAAACGUGGGUAUAGCUCAUGGGAUGGAACAGUAUCAUCAGGCUAUGGACGUGGCAAAAUAUCCGGAGCAUCAGCAACAGCAGCAACAACAGCAACAGCCUCAACAGGCUCAACAGGCUGCUCAACAGCCGCAGAAUAUCGAGCAUGUCUCCAAGGCGGAUGAUGAUUUCAGUGUAAUACUUGCAGAUGUGCGCAAAACUUGUUAUAGUAGCUAGUGUUUCGGAUAGACCAGAGAUGUCUAGAAAAACACUGGGAUAUAUUUGAUAUUCGCCGUUCUAGUUUUGAUUUUACGAAGACCUUGAUGUUGAUUAUAGGUCUGAUCGAUGUGGGAGAUGGUCGUGCGGUUAUUGUCAUAGUAGAUGUCGCAAAUAUUGGUUACUUGAGGAAGGAUGAACGUUACUGCGUUGCAGUAAGAAAGAAAUGUGGUAAUGUUUAUCGCAAACGAGGGAUAAUCGAGUUUUUUGUUAGUUUUUUUUUUAUUAAUAAAUAAUAACGCCAUAAAUAUACGGAUAAAAAGAAAUAAAUCCCAUAGAUUUUUCGAAAAAAUUUUCUGAAGAAGAUAAUAGAAUUUUUUUUAUUUCAAAACAAUUUGGAUUCGAUAAAAUACAUUAGAGUAAUAUUUUCUGACUUGUAUUAAGUUGUGGCUCUUCUGAUAAGGUAAGAAAAAUUGAUUUAUUGGAAUUCUAAACUUUUAAUAAAUAUAUAUAAUAUGUAAUCCUAUUUAAUUAUCAGAAUUCUAAUCUGACUUUUUUUUAAAUUCUUGAAUUUUAUAGAAUAUAAUUUCAAACUUUUGUUUAUAUGUAUAUUCCAAAUGUACGAGGAAAUAUGAAAGAAGAAAUAUUGGUUUAUUUAAAAGCAAAAGUGCCUUUGAAUAUUUAAUACUUGUGGUGUCUACUAUGCUAAACAAUCUUCGACUUUAGAGAAAAUAAUAUAGAAUUAUACGGUAAAAUGAUCUAAAUCUUUUUGAAACAGGCGGUUUAUCUCUUAUGGCUGUAGAGAAGAAGUUAGGUGCUAGCGUCUACGAAGAAUCCGGUGCUUAUACACAUUUUUGUACACACUUCCGGUGCUAAUGCUCUUGAUAACGAUAAUUAAAGGUUGCAAGGAAUUGGUAGCAAAUUAAUCUUAGCAUAUUUAGUAUUUCUAUUUUCAAUGAGCAAUAUUAAGAAGAUUACAUUUACAUAUAUCUGUGAAUUUCUAUUUUCUUCUUGGAAAAGAGGUUAGAUGAACUAAUAGAAGAGAAAGUAUGGAACACAAUAAUUUGAACAUGUUUGCGUUAGGAACAAUUGUUAUUUGUUACAAACGACCUGGCAACUGUCAACGUGUCUGAUUUGAGGUAACGAAAAUAAAGUAGGAAGCAUUCUUGACUCUCCGGGUUUCGUUUAGCGAGCCAAAUAGUACGCAACACUUUCAAAAGCAUUUUUUCAUGGAUAUUUUUGUUGUUUAUCAUUUUAUCAUUGCUUAACUGCUAUUAGUUAUUAGCUGAGAAUCUAACCUUUACGCUUCGAUAUUUAAAAACCUACAUUUAUAAACACCUAAUUAAUAUAAAAUCCAAUUUUAAUUUAUUAAUAUUUUUCUUAGCUGGAAAAAUCAACAUUUUUAUUUAUAUUAGUAAUAUAAAAACAUAAAUUAAAAAUUAAAGAAUUAUUUAUUUUUAAAUUAAGAAUAUAUGAGAAUAUUAUAUGCUGUGUAUAGGUUAGGUCUCAACUAUCAAAUAUGCAAUAAAAUUAUUUGAUUAUUCUUUAUCAACUUAUACUUUUUAGUACAUACCAAUGUUUUAUAAAUGUAUUAUAAAAAAUUUGUUUUAUAUAUAUAUAUAUAUCGAUUCCUUGCUACCUCAUACUUUUUAUUUUAAAUUUUCGCAAUUAUACCUCGUAAUUUUUUAUUUAAUUGAACUAGACGAUUUAUUUUGAAUAAAUCGAUCAAAACAUCGAAUCUCUUUAUUUACAUACGAAGAGAUUUUUUACGUGAUCAAAAAACGUGAUAUGAUAUAAAAUAUAAAAAAAUCUAAGAUAUUAUUAUUUUUAAACUUUCAAAAAACGAUUUAAUUUAAUCCUUACGAUUUAUAGAGAUUUAAUGUAAUUUCAAUUUUAUUUAAUUUAUGUACAAUCACCAAUGAAUUAAGAUAACGUUGUGACAGAAUCGUUGAAGAUCAACGGCAUUAUUGUUGAGCUAUUUUUAUCCACCUGUGCACUCAUGGUACAGCAUGGCACUGUAUAUUUAGAGCAUACCUGCAUAUUUCACCGUCGGAAAUAGAUCGAAUUUAAUUUUUUCGUAGCGAAUUAAAUGACGUAUCGGUUUCUCGUAGCGAUCGAUCCUGGUUUCAGUGGCAAGCUACUUAAGAAAAAAAAAAAGGAUAGAAUUAUAUCGUUUCUCGUGUAUUCAUUUAUGAUUACGGAAACGAAGUCCAUUUUUUUUUAGCGUAACAAUUUAGUCAUUCUAUUUAUGACGCACAUUUCAAAAAUUGGGAUACUUAAUAAAUGAAAAAGAGACAUAUAUACAGAGUGUUUCAGAUAACUAGGCAAAGUUCAUCACCCUGAAACGGUAAGAGAUAAAUGAAAAUUUCAAAGAAAAAAUUAAUUAAUUUUAAAUAAUGCAUUUUUUAAAUAUAUUUUUUCAUAUACAAAUUAUUAUUAUACAUAUAUAAUUAUUAUAUAUAUAAAAUAUAUAAAUGUAAUAUAUAUUAUAAAUUUAUUAUACACAUUAUAUAUAAAUGAAUUUUAUUCGACCCUCUUAUUUUCUAUAAAAAAUAUUAAAUAAAUUGUGUCUAAAAAUAAUUAAUUCUUUCAAAAAAUAUUUUAAUUAAAAUUUUGCAAAGCUUUAUCAUAUGAAAAAUGUUAUAUAAUUAUUUCCUUGGCUUUCAUAUAUUAAAAUUUGCAAAAUUUUCAAAAUAAUUCAUUUUUUAAAUUAAUAAGUUUUUCAAUCUAAAAUUAUUCUUAUUAUUUUUUUUAUAGAAAAUGAAAGUAAGCAUUGAUAGGACAAAAAAUAUAUUAAUUUAAAAAUGAUUAUAAAAUCAUCGAAACAUGGUCAUUCAAUUUUUAUCUAAUGAAAUAUUUUUCUAUCUUUUGCUAUUUCAAAUCGGAUCCAAUUGCAUGAAACAGCCUGUAUAUAACUCUCACUCAAAAGUCUUAAGAUAUUUAUUGAAAAAAUUAAGAAACUAUAUUAAUUGAUACAGAGAGUAUAAAAUGAAUUACAAUUAACAGAAAGAAUUUUUUUUAUUUUUGUAAUAAAAAAGCAAAUUAUUAAUAUUAAAAUUUUAUUAGAAAUUAAUGUCGUAAGACUUUUGAACAAGUGUAUAAUAUAUAUGUGCAUAUAUAUAUAUAUAAAUAUGUUUAUAUAUAUAUAUGUAUAUGUAUAUUAUAUAUAUAUUUUUUUAUGGUGAUAAUUUAGAAUCUUCUGUGAAACUUAUUAUACUUAUUUAAAAGAAAAAAAAGACGAUAUUAUAAGGUACCUUGUUUUUAAUAAGUGUACGAGAUUUUUUUUUUCUCUAAGCCUCCUCGUUAGCGAUUUUACAUGUGUAUAAGCACGAUCUCCUUACUUUUCUCUGUUUCAGAUGACUGAACAAAAUUCUCGCUGUAUAUGUAUUAUAAAUGUAGCGAAACAUUUUUUUCUGUUUUUAUUUUAUUUUAUUUUAUUUUAUUUUUUUUUUUUUACUCACAUAAGCUUCUACUUCCAUAGUUUUUAAUACUCUAUAUAGAAUACGAUGAUACCUAUGUGUAGCGUGGCAAUAAACGUGGAUAUUUUAUCGUUCGAUCCUCGAUUUUGAAUACACUUUGCGUAAGCGACAUAUGGUAUUUAGGUAAUGAAUAUAAAGAAUGUUGGGGAGAGUACUAAAUUAUUAUAUUGAUUAUUGUAUCGUACUUAAUAGAAACAAUUAUCAAAAACA